UUUUAUCAAUUACAACGACAUUUUUAUAUAAAAGCGAUGAUCCUUUCAUUACAAUUGUUAAUAUCAUGUAACUUAUUAAUUGUAUCAUGAUAUAUAUUUUUGUUAUUUGGAGUUUAAGUGCCCUUGUGAAUUUGGGAGAAUCGGUUGUUGUUUGUCCUGCGACAGACGAAGAAACAUCGGUUUAUUACCCAGUUUCCGAUUGCACAAAAUUUUGUGAAUGCUCCAAUGGGACAGCAUACCUCCACAGUUGCCCAGAAGGUCUUUAUUUUAAUACUACAUUGAACGCAUGCGAUUGGCCUGAGAACUCAGGAUGCGCUACUAAUCUCUCAACUAUAUUAUCUCCAAUUGAGAGUCCUUGCUCUGAUCAAGAAACUACCACUGAAACUUCGUCGACAACAGAGGCAUCUACCGAAUCUUCGAAUAUUUGUGUUGAAGAAAAUAUCGUUUGUCCUGCCGAAGAUGGAGAAGAUUCAGUUUACUUCUCUACAUCCGAUUGUACCAAGUUCUGUCAAUGCUCCAAUGGAGUAGCAUAUGAACAUGAUUGUCCAGCAGGUCUUCAUUUCAACUCCGAACUUAAUGUCUGUGAUUGGCCAGAAGAUGCUGGAUGCGAAAGCAGCUCCACCAAUACAACUACAACAGAAGCAACUACCGAAGAUGACACAACAACUUCCUCGUCCACUACAGAAGCAGCAACCGAAGAUACAACAACUGCGACUGCAUCCACGACAGAUGCAGCAACUGAAGAUUCUACAACAACGACUUCAUCGACAACAGAGGCAUCUACCGAAUCUUCGAAUAUUUGUGUUGAAGAAAAUAUCGUUUGCCCUGCUGAAGAUGGAGAAGACUCAGUUUACUUCUCUACAUCCGAUUGUACCAAGUUCUGUCAAUGCUCCAAUGGAGUAGCAUAUGAACAUGAUUGUCCAGCAGGUCUUCAUUUUAAUUCCGAACUUAAUGUCUGUGAUUGGCCAGAAGAUGCUGGAUGCGAAAGCAGCUCCACCAAUACAACUACAACAGAAGCAACUACCGAAGAUGACACAACAACGACCUCAUCAACCACAGAAGCAGCAACCGAAGAUACAACAACUGCGACUGCUUCCACGACAGAUGCAGCAACUGAAGAUUCUACAACAACGACUUCAUCGACAACAGAGGCAUCUACCGAAUCUUCGAAUAUUUGUGUUGAAGAAAAUAUCGUUUGCCCUGCUGAAGAUGGAGAAGACUCAGUUUACUUCUCUACAUCCGAUUGUACCAAGUUCUGUCAAUGCUCCAAUGGAGUAGCAUAUGAACAUGAUUGUCCAGCAGGUCUUCAUUUCAACUCCGAACUUAAUGUCUGUGAUUGGCCAGAAGAUGCUGGAUGCGAAAGCAGCUCCACCAAUACAACUACAACAGAAGCAACUACCGAAGAUGACACAACAACUUCCUCGUCCACUACAGAAGCAGCAACCGAAGAUACAACAACUGCGACUGCAUCCACGACAGAUGCAACGAAUGAUGAUACAACAACAACGACUUCAUCGACAACAGAGGCAUCUACCGAAUCUUCGAAUAUUUGUGUUGAAGAAAAUAUCGUUUGCCCUGCUGAAGAUGGAGAAGACUCAGUUUACUUCUCUACAUCCGAUUGUACCAAGUUCUGUCAAUGCUCCAAUGGAGUAGCAUAUGAACAUGAUUGUCCAGCAGGUCUUCAUUUCAACUCCGAACUUAAUGUCUGUGAUUGGCCAGAAGAUGCUGGAUGCGAAAGCAGCUCCACCAAUACAACUACAACAGAAGCAACUACCGAAGAUGACACAACAACGACCUCAUCAACUACAGAAGCAGCAACCGAAGAUAUCACAACUGCGUUUGCUUCCACGACAGAUGCAACGAAUGAUAAUACAACAACAACGACUUCAUCGACUACAGAAGCAGCAACCGAAGAUAUAACAACUGCGACUGCUUCCACGACAGAUGCAGCAACUGAAGAUUCUACAACAACGACUUCAUCGACAACAGAAUCAUCUACCGAAUCUUCAAGUAUUUGUGUUGAAGAAAAUAUCGUUUGUCCUGCUGAAGAUGGAGAAGACUCAGUUUACUUCUCUACAUCCGAUUGUACCAAGUUCUGUCAAUGCUCCAAUGGAGUAGCAUAUGAACAUGAUUGUCCAGCAGGUCUUCAUUUUAAUUCCGAACUUAAUGUCUGUGAUUGGCCAGAAGAUGCUGGAUGCGAAAGCAGCUCCACCAAUACAACUACAACAGAAGCAACUACCGAAGAUGACACAACAACGACCUCAUCAACUACAGAAGCAGCAACGGAAGAUACAACAACUGCGACUGCUUCCACGACAGAUGCAGCAACUGAAGAUUCUACCACUGAAACUUCGUCGACAACAGAGGCAUCUACCGAAUCUUCGAAUAUUUGUGUUGAAGAAAAUAUCGUUUGCCCCGCUGAAGAUGGAGAAGACUCAGUUUACUUCUCUACAUCCGAUUGUACCAAGUUCUGUCAAUGCUCCAAUGGAGUAGCAUAUGAACAUGAUUGUCCAGCAGGUCUUCAUUUCAACUCCGAACUUAAUGUCUGUGAUUGGCCAGAAGAUGCUGGAUGCGAAAGCAGCUCCACCAAUACAACUACAACAGAAGCAACUACCGAAGAUGACACAACAACGACCUCAUCAACUACAGAAGCAGCAACGGAAGAUACAACAACUGCGACUGCUUCCACGACAGAUGCAGCAACUGAAGAUUCUACAACAACGACUUCAUCGACAACAGAGGCAUCUACCGAAUCUUCGAAUAUUUGUGUUGAAGAAAAUAUCGUUUGCCCCGCUGAAGAUGGAGAAGACUCAGUUUACUUCUCUACAUCCGAUUGUACCAAGUUCUGUCAAUGCUCCAAUGGAGUAGCAUAUGAACAUAAUUGUCCAGCAGGUCUUCAUUUUAAUUCUGACCUUAAUGUAUGUGAUUGGCCAGAAGAUGCUGGAUGCGAAAGCAGCUCCACCAAUACAACUACAACAGAAGCAACUACCGAAGAUGACACAACAACGACCUCAUCAACUACAGAAGCAGCAACGGAAGAUACAACAACUGCGACUGCAUCCACGACAGAUGCAGCAACUGAAGAUUCUACAACAACGACUUCAUCGACAACAGAGGCAUCUACCGAAUCUUCGAAUAUUUGUGUUGAAGAAAAUAUCGUUUGCCCCGCUGAAGAUGGAGAAGACUCAGUUUACUUCUCUACAUCCGAUUGUACCAAGUUCUGUCAAUGCUCCAAUGGAGUAGCAUAUGAACAUAAUUGUCCAGCAGGUCUUCAUUUUAAUUCUGACCUUAAUGUAUGUGAUUGGCCAGAAGAUGCUGGAUGCGAAAGCAGCUCCACCAAUACAACUACAACAGAAGCAACUACCGAAGAUGACACAACAACUUCCUCGUCCACUACAGAAGCAGCAACCGAAGAUACAACAACUGCGACUGCAUCCACGACAGAUGCAACGAAUGAUGAUACAACAACAACGACUUCAUCGACAACAGAGGCAUCUACCGAAUCUUCGAAUAUUUGUGUUGAAGAAAAUAUCGUUUGCCCUGCUGAAGAUGGAGAAGACUCAGUUUACUUCUCUACAUCCGAUUGUACCAAGUUCUGUCAAUGCUCCAAUGGAGUAGCAUAUGAACAUAAUUGUCCAGCAGGUCUUCAUUUUAAUUCUGACCUUAAUGUCUGUGAUUGGCCAGAAGAUGCUGGAUGCGAAAGCAGCUCCACCAAUACAACCACAACAGAAGCAACUACCGAAGAUGACACAACAACGACCUCAUCAACCACAGAUGCAGCAACCGAAGAUACCACAACUGCGACUGCUUCCACGACAGAUGCAGCAACUGAAGAUUCUACAACAACGACUUCAUCGACAACAGAGGCAUCUACCGAAUCUUCGAAUAUUUGUGUUGAAGAAAAUAUCGUUUGCCCCGCUGAAGAUGGAGAAGACUCAGUUUACUUCUCUACAUCCGAUUGUACCAAGUUCUGUCAAUGCUCCAAUGGAGUAGCAUAUGAACAUAAUUGUCCAGCAGGUCUUCAUUUUAAUUCUGACCUUAAUGUCUGUGAUUGGCCAGAAGAUGCUGGAUGCGAAAGCAGCUCCACCAAUACAACCACAACAGAAGCAACUACCGAAGAUGACACAACAACGACCUCAUCAACCACAGAUGCAGCAACCGAAGAUACCACAACUGCGACUGCUUCCACGACAGAUGCAACGAAUGAUGAUACAACAACAACGACCUCAUCAACCACAGAUGCAGCAACCGAAGAUACCACAACUGCGACUGCUUCCACGACAGAUGCAACGAAUGAUGAUACAACAACAACGACCUCAUCAACCACAGAUGCAGCAACCGAAGAUACCACAACUGCGACUGCUUCCACGACAGAUGCAACGAAUGAUGAUACAACAACAACGACUUCAUCGACAACAGAGGCAUCUACCGAAUCUUCGAAUAUUUGUGUUGAAGAAAAUAUCGUUUGCCCUGCUGAAGAUGGAGAAGACUCAGUUUACUUCUCUACAUCCGAUUGUACCAAGUUCUGUCAAUGCUCCAAUGGAGUAGCAUAUGAACAUAAUUGUCCAGCAGGUCUUCAUUUUAAUUCUGACCUUAAUGUCUGUGAUUGGCCAGAAGAUGCUGGAUGCGAAAGCAGCUCCACCAAUACAACCACAACAGAAGCAACUACCGAAGAUGACACAACAACGACCUCAUCAACCACAGAUGCAGCAACCGAAGAUACCACAACUGCGACUGCUUCCACGACAGAUGCAGCAACUGAAGAUUCUACAACAACGACUUCAUCGACAACAGAGGCAUCUACCGAAUCUUCGAAUAUUUGUGUUGAAGAAAAUAUCGUUUGUCCUGCUGAAGAUGGAGAAGAUUCAGUUUACUUCCCUGUAUCUGAUUGUACCAAGUUCUGUCAAUGCUCCAAUGGAGUAGCAUAUGAACAUAAUUGUCCAGCAGGUCUUCAUUUCAACUCCGAACUUAAUGUAUGUGAUUGGCCAGAAGAUGCAGAGUGUGAGAGUAGCUCUACCACUACAAUCACCAGUAACUAAAUUGAACCCAACCAGGCAUCUUAUUACAAGGAAAAUUAUAUGAUGUAAUAAAUACAUUUGAAAUUAUAGACUACCGUAUAAUUGAUAUAUACUCAAUGUAAAUAAUAUUUAAUUUAAACAUAAAAAAA